UAACAGACUCAGUUUCAUCGAUAAAUCGAUUCAGCCAAAGUACUCGGUGCACGCCGCUUAUACGAAGCUAAAGGCCGUCCUCCAAAACAAAUCUGAUUUGGUUGAUAGCAAAAUAAAUCGUAUUUUACCGAAAUUCGUUCUUUUCGAGGCAUUGCUAAACCGUUUCAUUUCUUCGGUCCCCCAGUCUGCGGCGCCUGCGCCAGCUGCAAGUUAUAAAGCGAGGAGAAAGCACUGCGACCGCGCAGUCGCGUAUCGCUCCUCCAUAUUGGCAUUACGCUGUGAUACGUUCCUUCGCGCGCUUUUUUAUUCGCGUAGUGUUGCUAUUCUAUCAUAACUACAAAAGGACUUUUUUCGUGAAUAAAUCAUGGAAAUGAGAUGGCGGUUUCUACUGACGCUGCUGGUGUUAGGAGCAGCGUUGGCCUCAGAAGAAGAAGAUAAUAUACCGGAUGUUGGCGUAGAGGGCGACGAAGAGCUGGCACUAGACCAAGAGGAAACGCGCAACCUCCGACCCCGUGCUUACACUCCAUCGGCAUACAACGCGCUACCGAGUGGGUUCCGGCCUACCCCCUCGCUGGCAGAGCUGGCGGGCUACCAGCAGCGCCCCCAGCAAGAGGAGCAACAGUUCCUAGUGCCCGCCAGGCCCACGCAGCAAGUUUACAUUGAAGAACAACGGGCGCCUGCAAGAACGCCUCACAGAAAGCCACAAGAACCGAGACCGGCGAAGAUCACCCAGCAGCAACAGGAAGAGCUCGAGGAGCAGUUGGAUGAAGAGGAGAGAGAAGAGCCCGACCGUCUGGCGCAGCUGCUGCAGCAGUCCAAGUUCGACUGUGGCGCCAAGCAGUCUGGCUACUACGCUGACCAGGAGCUCAACUGCGAGGUGUUCCACUACUGCCAGGACAACGUCAAGCACUCUUGGAUAUGCCCUGAUGGAUUCACUUUCCACCAGGUGCAUUUGAUCUGCAUGCCCCCUACGCACGACAACAUAUGCCAGAAAUCGGCCAAGUACCACUUCGUGAACGAGUACCUUUACCGACCCAUCAACGAGGAAGAGGUGCAGCGCAAACCUAACGUGUCCCUCAAGUACUCCGACCGGUACUACCCCGCUGAGGUCUACAGGGACGACCGCUACGAGGAGGAGGAAGAGGAGGAGGAGCAGCCGCGUAGAGCGCCGGCACCGCAUCAUCAACAACAGCAACAGCAGCAGCAGCAGCAGCAGGCGCGGCCUGCGCGGCCACAGCAGCCGCAGGUGUUCCACUCGGCCGAGGAGGUCAACAUACCGCUCGGCCAGCGGCGCCCCAACCGCCCCUCCUUCGACUUCGACUUUUAAAAGCCAUCUUAAUUUAAACUCACCUACAUACGUAUCCUUCACAUAUCAUUAAACCCCUUCGUGGUAAAAAAAUAAUGUAAAUAAUUACAUUGUCUAUGGACGCCCCUCUGUGCCCUACCCGCUGUACUCCAGUAUUGUAUUGCUCAGUCUUGUCUGUAGUUUAAGGUUUUUUUUAUUUAAAAUUAAGUUCUUAUUUAUGUUUUUGUAGGUAUGUAAGUACGUACAAUGAAGUAUUCGUUCGUAAUAAGUCACAAAUUAGUUCUAAGCUAGUCUUUGUGGUAGAAAUAAAAAUUAUAUUAACAAUAUACGC